AUGGCUGCCGAAGAAGUCAAAACGGCCGCGGGCCUCAAGAAGAAGGUCUCUGACGUCCAUGUGUUCGACCAGUCCGGCGCCGUGUUUAAGGGCUUCCAAAUAUGGACGGACCUGGCGCCGGCAGUGCGCGAACAGCCCAACCUGAUGUUCGCGAAGUGCGCCGUGCAGAGCGGGUCGAGCAAAGAGGUGCUGGUGGUGCAGCAGGUGGAGCCCGCGGGCGGCGGCGAGACCUUCGAAGUCCCGCAGGCGCACGCGUGGAACGUCAACAGCGCCAUCGACCCCAUGACGUACGGCGACAUUGGGAUGCUGCCGCACACGAACAUUCCGUGCGUGCUGGACUUCCUGCGGCACCGGUACCUGCGGAACCAGAUCUACACGUGCGCGGACCCGCUGGUGGUGGCCAUCAACCCUUUCAAGGACUUGGGCAACACCACCAAGGAGUGGAUCUGCAGGUACCGCGACGCCGACGACUUCACCAAGUUGCCGCCGCACGUCUUCUACACGGCCCGCGUCGCCCUCGACAACCUCCACGGGGUCAACAAGUCCCAGACCAUCAUCGUUUCAGGGGAGUCGGGUGCGGGCAAGACGGAAGCAACGAAGCAAGUCAUGCGGUACUUCGCUGCUGCGAAGGGGGGGGCGAUGGACAUGCGCAUUCAAAACGCCAUAAUGGCUGCGAAUCCGGUGUUGGAAGCUUUUGGAAACGCAAAGACAAUUCGCAACAACAACUCCUCGCGCUUCGGGCGCUUCAUGCAGCUGGACGUCGCGAAGGAGGGUGGCAUUCGCUACGGGAGCGUGGUGGCGUUUUUGCUGGAGAAGUCGCGGGUGUUGACGCAGGACGAGCAAGAAAGGUCUUACCACAUUUUCUACCAACUCUGCAAAGGCGCUGACAAAGCCAUGCGCGACAAGUUCCACUUGCUUUCCCUCGACCAGUACACUUACAUCAACCCCAAGUGCUUCGACGUGCCCGGAAUCGACGACAUUGCAGACUACAACGACGUCUGCGCCGCGUUCAAGUCCAUGGCCAUGAGCGAGGAGCAGGUCGAGGCUGUCUGGAGCAUUGUGUCGGGAGUGCUGCUGCUGGGAAACGUGAAAGUCACAGCUUCCAAGCAGGGCGGCAUCGACGAUGCUGCUGCGAUUGAAGGCGACAACUUGACACUCUUCAACCAGGCCUGCCAGCUGCUGCACAUCGACGCAGAGGCAGUGCUGCGCGAGCUCACGCUCAAAGUCACCUACGCAGGGGGCCAAAAGGUGGAAAGCCGCUGGAAACAAGAAGACGGAGACAUGCUCAAGUCUUCUCUGGCCAAAGCCAUGUACGACAAGCUGUUCUUGUGGAUCAUCCGCGAGCUCAACAAGUCCAUCGAGCCCCCCGAGGGCUUCCGCAACUUUUUGGGAAUGCUCGACAUCUUCGGCUUCGAAGUCUUCAAAAACAACUCCCUCGAGCAGUUCUUCAUCAACGUCACCAACGAAAUGCUCCAAAAGAACUUCGUCGACAUCGUCUUCACCCGCGAGGCCAAACUGUACAAGGAGGAGGGGGUUUCCACGGCCGAACUCGUCUACACCUCCAACGCCGACGUCAUCUCACUUCUCACCGACAAAAAAAGCUCCAUUUUGUCCACUCUUGAGGACCAGUGCUUGGCUCCAGGCGGCGGCGACGAGAAGUUCGUGGCGGCUUGCAAGUCCGCGUUCAAGAACUCCCCCAAAUUCAAACCCGCCAAGGUUUCGCCCAACAUCAACUUCCUCGUCUGCCACACCAUCGGCGACAUUCAGUACAACGCAGAGGGCUUUCUUUUCAAGAAUAAAGACGUCCUCAGAGCGGAGAUCAUGGAGGUCGUCCAGGCCUCCCCCAACCCCGUCGUCCGGGACUUGUUCGCGGGAAUUGUCAUGGAAAAGGGAAAGAUCGCCAAGGGCCAGCUCAUUGGCUCGCAGUUCUUGAGGCAACUCGAGGCUCUCAUGGACCUUAUCAACAGCACAGAGCCACAUUUCGUGCGCUGUGUGAAGCCCAAUGACACCAAGAAGCCACUGGAUUGGGUGCAGUCUAAAGUGCUCAUUCAACUUCAUGCGCUUUCAGUGCUGGAGGCGCUGCAACUCAGACAAGUUGGCUUCUCUUACAGACGCCCCUUCAAAGAUUUCCUGUACCAGUUCAAGUUCAUUGAUUUGGGCAUUUGUGAAAACCCCAACUUGUCGCCCAAGGAGGCCUGCGAGGCUCUUCUUGAGAAGGCUAAAGUCAGCAAGAGUGGGUGCCAGGUGGGGAAGACCAUGAUAUUCCUGAAGCAGGACGCAGCGAAACAGCUGACGCUGCUGCAGCGGCAGUGCCUUGCUGCGUGGACUCCGGUAGUUAACGUUCUUGAGGCUUGCUAUUUGAAGCUGAGGCUGAAGAAAGCUAUUCAGAAGAAGCAGCACUACAUCAUCCGCACUCAAGCACACAUCAGGAGACACAUUGUUGACCACAAUGUCAGUCCGCCGGCGAUUACGAAACUGUUCUAA